AUGUCUCCGACUGACUUUGAAAAAGCUGCUGAGGAGGUGAAGAACUUCAAGACCAAACCAAACGAUGAGGAGAUGCUGUUCAUCUACAGCCGCUACAAACAAGCAACUGUAGGUGAUGUGAAUACAGAACAAGCUGGGAUGUGGGACUUAAAAGGCAAGACCAAGUGGGACUCCUGGAAUGAGAUAAAAGGAACUUCCAAGGAAGAUGCCAUGAAAGCUUAAAACGACCAAGUCGAAGAGCUAGAGAAAAAAUAUGGAGUAUA